AUGCGAGAAAGGGCGACAGGCAUGAAUGGAUUCACAGCCUUCACAUGGAAUACGGAUCUGUGUCAGACUGGUAUCAAACAGUCCGAGAUUCAGCUGGUGGCUUCGAGAGCACCUUCACGGCUAGGGAGAAAAGUCGACACGCGGUCAAACGUUCGACUACUGUCUCAUGCAUUUUCCGAAAAAGCUUUGAAAAAUUAUGAGCCCAGAAUUUGUAAUCUCAUCGAUACGUGGAUAGAGUGUCUUGGUGCUGAGGCGGAAAAGGGCGAUAGAUGUGUGGAUCUGGGAGAGUGGUGCAAUUACUUGAUCUUCGAUAUUCUGGGAGAUCUAGGAUAUGGACAAUCUUUUGGACUUACAACACAAGAUGGGGAUCGUUCAAUUGUUGGACUUGUUCCUAAAGCCACAGCAGGCUGGACAUCUCUGGGCUAUCACCCUUUCACCAAGAUUUUGCGAUGGAUCCUUUUCAAGACAAGACUAGGUCCCAUAAUAGGAGGCCAGUCACUCCACGAUAACGGCAGAUUUCGGGACUUUUGCCUCCAAAAACUAAAAGCCCGACGCCAGGCCUGGGCCCAAGAUAUCUCCACCGAAAAGCGAAGCACAGACAUGUUCGAAUACCUCCUUAACGGCCGCGACCCAGAAACGGGUCAAAGCUACACACUCGGUGACCUAGCCUGUGAAAGUGUUCUCUUGAUGGUAGCAGGCUCGCAAUCCACAUCAGGUGCUUUGUCCGCAACAUUCUUCUAUCUAGCGCACCACCCAUUAGCCCUUUCCAAAUUGCGGCACGAAAUUCAUACCACCUUCCCGGACCCCAGCAAGAUCCACUACAUCCAUAGCAAUCCACUCGGAACGCUCCCCUACCUACGCGCCUGCAUCGAUGAAAGCCUUCGCCUUUCACCCCCCACGCCAGGCCACCUGCCGCGGGAGAUCGUGGGCGAGGGACUUGUUAUCGAUGGAUGUAUGUAUCCGCCGGGCACGAAUGUCGGUGUGAGUCCGUACGCAAUUCACAGAACGGAAGUCUUCCGGGAUCCCCAUUCGUUUGUGCCGGAGCGAUGGCUGGAUGCAGGACACGCGCUAGGAACGGGUUUUCAUCCGUUUAGCGCGGGCGCAACGGGUUGUCCCGGCCGACAGCUGGCGAUCAUGGAGCUUUCAUUGACCGUUGCGAGGUUGCUUUGGAAGUUUGAUUUGUUGGUCGUGAGUGGCACCGGGGUCAGGAUUGGUGACGUCGAGUAUCGAAUGAGGGACUUUUUUGUGGGUGAGGGCGCUGGGCCAAGGCUCCAGCUGGUCCUUUGUCCCCCGUAA